CUCUGGAAGCUGAGUCGGUGGCAGGGUCCACAGAGGCCAGUGUGCUGCCUGGAUAGAGGUGGUGGAGGCAGAGGACCCUGGGUUGGGGUUGGAGGUGGUUGGCACAGCCCUCGGCAUCUGUGAGGCCAGUUCCUGUUUACCAUGGACACCCCCCGUGCCCCUGCGAGGACCGUGCUGUUCCGGCGUGAGAGGACAGGCCUGACCUACCGCGUGCCGGCGCUGCUGCCCGUACUGCCCGGGCCUACACUGCUGGCCUUUGCUGAGCAGCGGCGCAGCCCCGACGACUCGCACGCACACCGCCUGGUGCUGCGGCGCGGGGCCCUGACGGCUGGCGCCGUGCGAUGGGGCGCCCUGCGUGUGCUGGCGACGGCUGCCCUGGAGGAGCACCGCUCCAUGAACCCCUGCCCGGUGCUCGAUGCGGGCUCUGGGACCGUCUUCCUCUUCUUCAUCGCGGUGCUGGGCCACACGCCCGAGGCCGUGCAGAUUGCCACCGGCAGGAACGCGGCUCGCCUCUGCUGCGUGACCAGCCGCGAUGCUGGCCUCACCUGGGGCGGUGCGCGGGACCUCACCGAGGAGACCCUGGGCACCUUGGUGCAGGACUGGGCCACCUUUGCUGUGGGCCCAGGCCAUGGAGUCCAGCUGCACUCAGGUCGCCUGCUGGUACCUGCCUACACUUACCGUGUGGACCGCCGGGAGUGCUUUGGCAAAGUCUGCUGGACCAGCCCUCACUCCUUUGCCAUCUACAGUGAUGACCAGGGCCGCACCUGGCAGUGUGGGAGCUUGGUGCCCAACCUACACUCAGGCGAGUGCCAGCUGGCUGCAGUGGAUGGCGGCUUCAUCUACUGCAAUGCCCGAAGUCCUCUGGGCAACCGUGUGCAGGCUCUCAGCCCUAAUGAGGGCACCUCCUUCUUGCCUGCAGAGCUUGUACCCACCCUGGCAGAGACUGCCCGAGGCUGCCAGGGCAGCAUCAUAGGCUUCCCAGCCCCGGGCCCUAGCAGCGAGGAGGGCUCAAACCCUCCGUACCUCCGUUCUAGAGUCCAGGAGUCACUCAGUGGGACCUUCUACCACCCACCACCCUGGGGGCAUAGUCAGGAGCAGCCUGGCCUAGAGCCUGGGCUUGGUGAAGAUGGGGGAACCUAUGCCUCAAUGCUGCCCUUGCCCUCUGUGGCCCCACUGCAAAGGCCCACAUGGCUGCUAUAUUCCCACCCAGUGGGGCACAGAGUGCGGAUCCGCAUGGGCAUCUACUUGAGCCGGUCCCCCCUAGACCCCCAGAGCUGGACAGAGCCCUGGGUGAUCUAUGAAGGUCCCAGUGGGUACUCUGACCUGGCGACCCUGGGGUCUGUGCCUGGCACAGCCCUAACCUUUGCCUGUCUAUUCGAGAGUGGGGCCCGGGCCUCCUAUGAAGAUAUCUCCUUCUGUAUGUUCUCCCUGCAAGAGGUCCUGGAGAACGUGUCGGGGGGCCCUGAGUUGCUCCGUCAUGGGAGCAAACCCUGGGAGCGCUGCCGGCUCUCCUGAUGGGGCCAACUGCAGGUACCUGCCCAAGGACAAAUGGACUGAAUAGAGGGAGGUGAUGAGUAAGAGGCCAUGUGACCCCAGGAAGGAUGGAGCCCUGUGCGAGCUUCUCCAUGGGUUGCAGAGGUGAUCUUGGUAGAUGGCCUGCUCCUUAGGAAGGUGGGGAGGUUAGGACCUGGUGGGGUGGAGGCACUGGCCAAGUGGGCUCCUCUAGUAAAGCUAUGAAACCCACCACAGUUCCAGGGUUGGGCAGUGGGGCCUCAUGAGCCCAGCAUACCCCCUUGUCUGCAGCCAGUUUUUCUCUGGCUACUUCCUGGCAUUUGAACAACAAAUAAAGGGAUUGUGCCUGUA